AUUUCUUUUGACAGUUCAAAAUAUUUGAUAAUUUUCGUUAUACACAUAUUGCCGUAAGAUAAUUGCAAAAUUGCAAAACAAAACAUUUUAAAUCGUAUCGUUAUGCGUAAAAUGGAUGGCGGAGAAAAGUAGCAUAUACUUAUAUACAUGUAUAUGUUUAGAAAAAUCUUAUAUCACCCAAUAAGUAGACGAAACAGUUGGCAUCGCGAUGUCUUUCAUAACGAAAAGGGAGCGUGUGUUUAACGAAUACGAUCUGUUCGACUUGCCGGCGAGGAACGAAGGGAAAUUGAAGGCGUACUCGUCAUGUACAGACGCGAGAGCCUGGUCCCACUUCGGUUCGGAUAAGAGUGAGCACUUGGUGGAAGUAAUAAAGAGGAACAACGAGACGGUCCGACCGAAGUAUGUGCCGACAGACGUGAUCGUAGACACGCUCAUGGUAGCCAAGAAUGCAGAGAUCGCACGCUUGAAGCGCAAAAUUGAAGAGUUCGAGCAAUUAUUGGCUGCGUAUGACCAACUUGAUCUGACGUGCGAUCAGCGAUGCGAUAUUGCUCAAGCUCAUGCAGCAAUAAGAGCGGCCAAUAAAGAGCUUGAUGAACUGUGUUUCGAUUUGGAUUUAUCCGGUUUCACAGAAGGCAUUGAUUCAGAAGGCUUUGCGACCGGCAAGUCGAGCGGUGAUGGAGAGGAGGGAGCACAUGCACUUGCACUUGAGGACCAGCCAAGAAUGGACUCUAAAGGCGUUCAAAACAAUAUGGUGAAGUGUACAUGUGAUGUAUAUACAAUGUCAAGAGACGUGAGACUCGACGAAAUGCAAGAAACCAUAAUUACGAAGGACGCAAAACUAAACGCUAUGAAAAACACUAUAGCUGUGAUGGAAAAUGAUGUUUGCGAGCCCUAUUGCAUUUAUGCUCACAUUUAUACUGCAUUGGAGAAAAUAUUCGCCACUCUUUGCCAAAAUGAGAAGUAUAAUCAGUACUUGAAACUAUUGACCACCGGUAAAGAUAUUGUUUGUCUCGAUAUAAAAGGUAAAAUACUAUUUAAACUGCUGGUAUUGGAAAAAUUCUGCGUUGCGUUAAUAGCUCCUUGCACUCAAGAGUUUGUUUCUGAUUAUGAUGAUAAGAGCGAGGAUUGUGCUUGCUUCCGUGUUGACGUAUUAUCACGUGUUAAGCCAACUUUUGCAAUAACAUCAUCAGAAAUCAAAGCGCCUAAUAUAGACAACAAAAGGGCUCAACUUGUUGCGGACAUUAUAGAAAAUGACGAAAUGAAGGAGAUUUUGAGCAAAGAGAACUCUUCCAUCAAAGUUGAUGAAGAGCCCCAUGAUAAUGUCUUGAUAAUUGAUAAUUACAACAUAGACACGGAAAAUCUUAAACGCUUGAAAAGCUUACAAGAAAAUUUCGAUGAUUUAGUAUCGUGUUAUGAAAAAUUAAAACACGAUAAAGCAAUUUUAGAAAAGCGUUGUGAUAAGUAUGAAGAAAUUGAACGUGAAUUUGAAAAUUUAAAAAUACAAAUGAGAGAAUAUAAUUCUUUAUGGAACGAAAAAGAGCAUUAUAGAAAGCGCUCAGUUGAUCUCGAUAGCCUUAAAGAACAGUUUCUUAUAUUAAGUGAUGAAACUUCUAGUUUGGAAACACAAUUGAAAGCUGAAUCUGAGAUUAAUCAUAUCAAAUGUAGAGCAAUGGACUCUUUGCGAAACGAAAAUAUUUCACUAGAGAAAAAGUUAAAUGAGGCAUCGAUUGCUUUUGAAAAAGAGAAAAACGUUUUAUUAUGCAAGUUAAAGGAAGCUGAAUGCAGAGUUAUGUGCCAAGAACAACAGAUAAAAACUUUAUCCUUGCAAAUUGACAAAAUAAUUGAACAAGAUCACACAAAGCCUCUUUCAAGAGAUUCUGAAAAUCAUGCAUUAUCCUUGAUGGAUGAUCUUCAAUCUUGUAAAGAACAAAUAAAGAAUUUAAGGGAAGCUCUAUUUUGUAGUGAAGAAGAAAAACAAGAGUUACAAAAGAACUAUCAGGAACAGUUGGAACUCAUCAACGAAUUGAAAUUGGAAAUAGUAGAUUGGAAAACCACAUAUGAAAAAACCAUGCAACGUAAUGAGUACUUGGAACAAUACAAAGAAAGUUUGUUAGAAGAAACUAGAUUAUUAAAAGAGAAUUUAAACGAAAACACAUCAGCUGUAGAAAACUUAAUGAACGUUAUUAAAAAUAAAUCCCAAGAAAUCAAUAAAUUAAUGCAGGACAUGGAAAGAAAGAAGGAUGAAAAUAGGGAGUUAGUGGGACAACUAAAUGAUAUGAAGGAAAAGUUUAGUUCCAGCCUAGUUUCUAUGGAAAAAGAAAAGCUACAAGCUCUACAAUCACUGCAAGUAGCGAGGCAAGAAAGCCAGGAGUUAUUAGAUAAAGUUAAAGAUUAUGAUCAAAUGAUACACAGAAACGAAGAUGCGACAAAAUCUUUAGAGCAGCAAUUGCAGGACAAUAAAGAACUUCAAGAUAUGUUAAUGGAAGAAAAUAGGAAUUUGAAAAAAGAGUUGUCUAACCGCGAUAAUAAAAACUCUCUUUUACUUCAAGAGAUUAAACGCUUACGCGAUGUGAAUGAAUACGCCGUCAAUAGUAUUAAUAGUCUAGAAAAUGAAAACAAACAAUAUCAGAUAUCUUUGGACGUAACACGCAAAGAAAGUGGAGAACUGAAAGAUAAAAUGAUGCAUUACGAUAAUUUAAGUGUUCAACUACAAAGUUUACAAGAAGCUCAUGACAAACUACUUGCAGAGAAAUCGCGCCUCGAAAACGAUUUACUCGAAAAAACGUUCGAACUUGAAAACGCAAUACAUAUAAUUAAAUUAAGUAAAAGAGAAAGCGAAGAGCUUAUUGAUAGAUUACAGCAAUCUGAAGGAUCAAAAGAUGAUGAACUCUCUAGACUUAGUGAUGCGUAUCAAAAACUGUCUACGGAAAAAUAUGCAACUCAUAAAGAGCUUAUAGACAAAAAACGAUAUAUAGAUAAUCUUCUGCAAACUUUGAAUACGGUAACUCUAGAAAAUGAACACUUACUACAUAAAUGUAAACAUGCCGAUGAUUUAGAACGUGAAUUAGAAAGUCUGAAAAAGGCUUAUGCUGAAUUAUCAUACGAAAGAAGUAUUUUACAAAACGAUUUUGAAAACAAAACGGAAGAAUUUAAUCAUUUGUAUAAUACUUUGGAAAAUAAAAUUGAAGAAAAUAGAGAACUAAUUGAACAGAUUAAAACUUUAGAAGCGAAUCAAGUCAUUACUUCAUCGGAUGUAAAAUCAGCUCGAGAUAAAUUGCACAUUAUGAAGAAAGAAAGUGAUGAUUUGGCAAAUAAACUUAAAUUUUAUGAAACUUUGGAAGCCGAUUUUGAGAAAAUAAAGAAAGAGUACGACGUUGUGAAAAUGGAAAAAGAUAAUUUAGAAAUUAAACUGAAUAUGCAAAUGGGUGAUCUGAAGAAAAUGGAACAGGAAAAUGAAGACUUACAGAAUCUUUUGAUAGGAACAAAAACUGAGCUUAUUAAACAGUCUACUGGCUCAAUCGAUCCCUAUAGAGACAUCAUAGAGGAAAUCGAAACCAUACGUGAAGAGAAACAAAACAAUCAGAAAAAGAUUAGAGACCUGCUCGACAAACUGGAAGAUGCCGAAAAUGCUAUAUCUUCACUUAAUGAAGAUGUUUAUGCGCGGGAUAGUAAAAUAGCAACAUUACAAAACCACUUAAAUGAAUUGGAGGAAGAAGUAACAAGACUUCAUGCUAGCUUAGCUGAAGUAAUUGACACCAGUGAACAAAUAAAAGAUUUCAGUUAUCAAAAACUUGAUUCUUUGAAAAAUAUGGAGGCUCAUCACUCUCGAGCAACACACAAUAUGAAGAUGGAACUAGCAAAACUACAACAAGAAAACUCUUUGCUGUCAGAACAAUUAUCAGUAACAAAAGUACAAUCUGAUGAAUUUUCAAGAGAUAAGUUCAAAUUUGUAUCUCAUAUAAAACAUCUACAAAACGAAAGAGAAAUAAUUGUAACCGACAUUAAGCAACUUGAGCUUAAGACCGUCGGCGAUAGUGCCUUAGCACCAAACAAAUGUGAAGUAGAAGAUAUAUUAGAAUCGCUAGAUAGAAUUAGGAAAUCUUUCGAUGCCCGAUCUUGCAAGAGCUCAUCGUUAGAACGCACAUUAUUGAAAGUUCAAACAUCUUCUCAACUGCUUUUAAGUAAAGCAGAUGAAGCAAAGAAAAUUGUAGAAAGAGAGAAACAAAAAAUUAUUAAUGAAAAAGAAGAAGCAAUUAUAGACAAACAAAAUAUGGAAAAACAAUUAUUGGAACUUAAAACGAAACUAGAAAAUCAAAUCGUGAAAGAUAAAAUGAUAAUUGACGAUUUAGAAGCAACAAUUUUGAACCAAAAGCUAAUAAUUGAUAGAAUAAAUAAGUCUUCUCAAGAUUACAUUUCUAAAUUAAAAGAUGAACUAGAUACUCUACAAAACCUGUACAAAAAUUCUGUAGACAAAAUAAGUGAACUGCAAGAAAGAUUGCAAAGCAUGACAGAAGACAAAGACAAGUUAUUGGAAAUGAUAGAAGAAAUAAAGGCGGACUUAGGGAAAAAAUCAAAUGAAGUAGCUGAACUCCAAAAGCAGCUAGACACUCUAAUAAACAAACCACAACGUCACAAGGAAGCUCAGACUAAAACAACACCUAUAUUUAGAAAUGUGGAAACUCAAACAGAUGAAGAAUUAUUGUUGCCUGUCGAGGUAAACAAACUUCACGGUACAGAAACUAGUUCAGCCACUAGAGACAAGUUGGAUUAUAUGGACAGUAUAAAUUUGAUGGAAAUGAAUAAGCCACCUCUGGAUAAAAAACAUGAAAUUGAAAUGCAGGCUGAAAAACUAAAUUUGGUAAAUGAUGUACAUGUUUUAGCGGCAGCUAUCGAGUCACCAACCUUUGAAGCUAUCAAAAAUAGUUACAUCGAUUAUAAAAUGAAAAGAUUAAAGCAAGGGAGGUUGGAACAACAGUCUAUAACAUGUUUUACUGAUAAUGAUAAAGAAAUAACAGAGGGUAAACCCCACACCAGCCCUAAAAUUAACGAUCGUGCAGCUAAAAAGGCUCAUAAGUCAUCAAAGAAAUAUGUUAAUGCAAAAACUCAAAGUAACAAAUUAAUAGAUAUUUACAACAGGCAAUCGAUGCACACUGACUCUUCAAAAGGAAAUUAUGGAUCGGAUAAUAUCAUCAACAGCCAGAUCGCAUCUCAUAGUCAAUCUAAAUCUGCUGGUAACGCCCCACAUGAAGAUUAUGGUGCUGAAAGCAAUGUCGCUAGUAAAUACAAGGUUAGUAAAACGUACGUUGCUUCAACAUCAGACAACUCAACAGAUAAAGAUUUAUUUGUUAUUUAUAAAGACAGUGAAAGUAGCUACAAUAAUAAUAAUAACAACAAAGGACAGAAAACAAAAGGAACUUGGGCUGGCAAAGGGCAUUCUGAAAUAGUAGUUGAGGCUGUUACUGUCCAUCCCACAAAUAAUACAAUUAACAUCGAUCCUAAAAAUUACGGUGAAAAAGAUUCAUAUAUUUAUCAAGAAAAUGAUGAAACUAUAGAAGACGAUAGUGUAAGACAAAAACUGAAAAUUGAUUUGCCCAGAGUAGGAAUAGAAAGUCCUUCAGUGAUUACUACAUCGGAUGUUGAUAAGAAAUCUUUGGACUCGUAUACCCUUGCACUAUACUCUUCACCGAAACAACUUUCGGAUUCAGAUACAAAAAUUAACGAAGAUGAUAAACUUGUAAAGCUUGACACAUCGUUACCAACGAUAUCUAAUGAUGAUAAUCAAUUUUUGGACUCAUAUAAUUAUCUAAAAUUAGAAUCAGACGAAGAUGCAGUAAGAUCAGAAAUUAGGAAAAUUAAAGCCUUAAUAACUGAUAGUGGUACAUCAAAACAAAUAGAUACUCAAGUUUCUAAAAAAAAGCCAACAAAUUUAACUCCUUUUGGCAGCGAGUCAUAUCAUAAGUUGUCAAGAGUAGAUGCCGAUGUCCGUUUACUUAAAGCAGAACUUGACCACAAGUCGUCUCAAGCUGGUAGAAAAGACUUUGGAUUAGAAUACAUAAUGGAUACUGUGCAGGGUGAAGUCGAUCCUGAUGCGAUACAAUAUCAUGUGACAAAAGAUUUACGCAAGACAAAGAGUGAUGACAGAUUAAAUUUAGUAAAAAUGAGAGAGAAGGCGGACUCCAGCCCGUCUAGGCUAAGUGAAUUUAAAAUGUCAUCCACAGAAUACAAAACUAAUUCAACUAAUAGUAAAUUUAGUGACAAAAGUCCAAAGUCAUACACCGAACGUAGUAUAAUGGCUAAGUUAGAUGGUGAACAUGAUUACGAACUUAAAAUAAGCUCUCUCACCAAAGCUUUGGAAAAUAUUGAAAAAGACUAUAAAAAGAAAAUAGAAGCUAUUAAAAUACAGUACGACAGUAAUAUCAAAAGCAUUAUCAAUGAACACAAUCAAGGUGUAAAGAGUAUUCAAAGUCUGCAUGAAGAGACACUACAAGAUAUAAUGAAGCUUCAUGAGAAUGAAGUAGAAAAUUUACGAACAAUGAGUAUAGAAGCAAUGAGAAAGGCAGAGAAAUUGGAAAAAGAAAACCGGGCGCUGAAAACAAAGGCUUUAGAUUGCGGGAUUUCCUGCGUAGAUGUUGAACCGAUAAGAAUAUCAUCGCCCGAAUUAAAGAAGCGUAGAAAGUGUCGAGAGACUAAAAUGCUGACGAAGACGAACGUGGAGGCUUUUAACGUGAAGCCCAAGUCUCGUUCCAUCGGUCCUUGUACAUGCUCCGUGGACGUAAAUGUAUCGGACACUAUACGCAACAUAUUCGAACAAGUCGACAUAGAACAACGCAAGAUGGCUGAACACACGUACCUUAAAUACAUUGCCAACAAGAUUCUAAAUGGGAACCUAGAUGGACAGUUCAAGCUAGACAGUCUUCAAGCUUUGGACGCUCAAGAGUUAUCGUUUCUUCACCUCAAGGUAUGUCGUACUUGGAAAAAUAAACUCAACAAGGAGGAAGCUCUUCAAAAGAGGAUAGACUCUUUGGAAAACGAACUGAUGAGUAAACAACGUAAUGCGCAGCAACACAUUGCGGAAUUAGACCGCAAAGUAGCGGAGGAGCGACGCCGGCUGCAAGAAGUCCGUGAGGCAGUCUGCCGCAGCAGUCCCACUGGUUCUAGAGCCUGUAGUCCUGAGGUUACACUCCAGUACGUACCUCCUCCGAACCCAGAGAGAGAGGGUUGCGCGUGUAUCCAAAGAGUCAGCAUCGAAGCGGGCGGGCGUAGGUCUGCCGGAGAUCUUGCCCCGGAGCCCUCGAACAUCGGCCUAAGACCGCGUCGCGUUCGACCCGAAACUAUUAAUAAGGCGGUUCCCACAAGAGUUGACGUUGAUGAACGUCGGGAGCGACGAUUGUACCACGACGAACCUCCGACACGGCUGCGUCGGUCCCAUGACCGACAGGGCCAGCGAUCGAGUAAAAAGUAAAAUUAUACAAACGCAGAGAAUUUGGCAUUCUGCACCCAACUUUUAACAGUACAGAAUGUCCAAUUCUUAACACCCAAGGACUUGACAGAAGACCGGAGUUACUUCUUCUCUUUCGGAAGGAUCCGUCGCGAUUUAUUUUGUAUUGGAAGGACGCUAAAACAUUAGAAACGACGGGAUGGUAGCAAUUUAUAAUUAUCAAUUGAAACUCGAUUUACAUACACGGCGUCGGUGUGCCGCUGUGAAUGUUUUGUAAAAAAAUUUGUGAAGGAUUUUUAUAUUUUUUAUAUGUUUUUAUUUAUUUAAUUUAUACAUAUUUAUUGUGAAUUAAAAGGGGGAACUGUAACCAUGUUUUGGUAAUAAAAGGUAAACUUUAAAAAUG